AUUAAGGUUUGGAACAUGGAACUAACUUCUAUGUUUGGUCUGAAAAAAGUUCUAUUGCAAAUUUGCAGUAUUUAUGUAUCAGAGAGAACCAUUUCCAGAGAAGGUCUGAGAAGGAAUUUACAACGGAUGUGGAUAGUGCCUAUGGCUAAUGGUGUUGCACUGAAGUCUACAGUCUCUCAUGAAAGAAUGGAAUUAAAAUCUGAUUCUUAUAAUCCACAGCUUGCGAAAACCAAAACAUCUGGUGCAAGGCCAGAGGAGUUUUCAAGGUCCCAGCUGAGUAUUCAGACACUUGCUAAGAGCAUGUUAGAUCUGGAGAAGAAACUUGCAGCUGUAACGAUAGGUCAUAAAUCUUCAUCAAAUGGAUCUCACGUUGUGGAAAAGAAUGCAGAGCCAACUUCCAAGAGAAAAUAUCUAGUGGUUGUAGGAAUCAAUACAGCUUUUACUAGCCGAGAACGAAGAGAUUCGGUUCGUGCAACUUGGAUGCCACAAGGUGACAAAAGAAAGAAGUUGGAGGAAGAGAAAGGCAUAAUCAUUCGUUUCGUUAUCGGACGAAGUGCAACUCCUGGCAGCAUACUCGAUAAAUCACUCGACGCAGAGGAGCGUGAACAUGGAGACUUCCUGAGACUGAAUCAUGUGGAAGGUUACCUCGAAUUAUCGGCCAAGACGAAGACUUACUUUGCUACAGCUGUUUCUUUGUGGGAUGCUGAAUUCUACGUCAAAGUCGAUGACGACAUCCAUGUGAACUUAGCUGCGCUUGGAACAACCCUGGUUGGACAUCAGAAUAAGCCUCGGGUUUACAUCGGUUGUAUGAAGUCCGGACCCGUCCUCUCUAAGAAAGGAGUAAAGUACCACGAACCGGAGUAUUUGAGAUUCGGCGACGAGGGAAAUUUGUAUUUCCGUCACGCUACAGGACAAUUAUAUGGAAUCUCAAAAGACUUAGCUACUUACAUCUUGCAAAACCAAGAUGUGCUGCACAAGUAUGCCAAUGAAGAUGUUUCAUUAGGAUCUUGGUUUAUUGGUUUAGAUGUGGAACAGGUGGAUGAUAGGAAACUAUGUUGUGGCACCCCACCUGAUUGUGAGACAAAAGCUUUGAGAGAUGAAGUUUGUGUAGCUUCAUUUGAUUGGAAAUGCAGUGGGAUCUGCAACUCAGUUGAAAGAAUGAGUGAAGUUCACCAGAAAUGUGCUGAAAAUGAGACCUCUUUAUGGAAUAGCUUUUGAAAUCAAUACAACACAAGGAUUUUGUGCACUUUGAAAGAAUGGAACCAGAAAUAAUAUCCUCAUUCUUUUUUGUCUGCCUUUGAAUCAACUUGGAAUUGGUUUCUCAUAGGUCUUUGAUCAAUAUGUAAACAGCUUUGGAGGGAAGUUAUAUACUUUUACUUGAUAAAGUAGUAAUGUAUUUGCAGCUUAAUUAAGCUUUCUUGUUCUAUUACCAUUAACAUUCCUCAUUAUACAACUAUUCUCUUUCUUUCUUCUUCUUUUCUCAACUCGAGUAUUGAUUUGAUCAAUUGAAAUGACGUGUAAGGUG